UUGAGUUAGUUCACCUGUCUUCUUUGUUGAUAUCGCCUUCGGUAUUGACACUCUUCUCUGUUUUCACCGCCCCUGAAACCCUACAAAUCUCCUCAAACAAACUUCAUCUCAUCUCAUCAUCAACAAUGGCGUCUUUCUCUGUUCCCUGCCCUAAAACCUGCGCUUCUCUCCCUCCACUUUCCAACCCUAACCACAAUCACAACCUCCUCCGCAACAUCCUCUUCAAAUCCAACAGACCUUUGCUGUCUUCUGCACGUCUUCAGGCAACAAAGAGGAACCAGAAUGGCGGCGUUAUGAAAGUGUCCGCUCUGCUUAAUGAGGUUGAUCAAGGGAAAUCAUCGAAUUCUACGCCACCAUCAGAAGUAUCUUCUUCUAAGACCACGGUUCCUGAUGUUGCCUCCAUCACCGCAUUCAUGAAUCAAGUUGCAGGACUUGUUGAGCUUGUGGAUUCAAGAGAUAUAAUGGAGCUGCAAAUAAAACAAGACGAUUGCGAAGUCAUAAUAAGAAAGAAAGAAGCUUUACCCCCUCCUCCAGCACCUCCUAUGGUGAUGAUGCAAUCUCCACAACCUCAGCCUAUGUUUCACUCACAACCGCCCCCGCCACAAGCGGCUGCCGCCUCCUCAUCAGCGCCAGCACCUUCCACAUCACCGCCAGCAUUACCAGCCCCUGCAAAACCAAAGUCAUCACAUCCACCUCUCAAAUGCCCAAUGGCUGGAACUUUCUAUAGGGCCCCUGCGCCUGGUGCUCCCCCCUUUGUCAAGGUUGGAGACAAGGUUCAGAAAGGUCAAGUUAUAUGCAUUAUCGAGGCAAUGAAGUUGAUGAAUGAGAUUGAGGCUGAUCAAUCAGGAACAAUAGUCGAUAUUAUUGCUGAGGAUGGGAAACCAGUGAGCUUGGAUACGCCUCUACUUGUUAUUGAGCCAUAAGGAGGAAGAUUAUGAAGUUAUGUGAUGAUGAGUGCAUAGGUAAAGUCAUGUGGCAACAUUUUCUCACUUUUUUGUGUUGUUACCGUCAUUUAUGCAGCAAACUGGUUUGGUUUGCGAAUGCCUGAAAUAGUACAUUAUAUACAUCUUUCUGUCUAAUUAUAAAUAAGUUUUUGUAUCUUUAGAAAUGAAAGUUUGUUUCGGUU